GUCAUGGCAACUGCCAGGGAGGCGGUUCUGUUUUACUGACUGGCAUAGAAAUGAGAAGUCGGAGAGACGGAGAAAGCACAUUUUCACACUUUACUCUGUCACAGGAAGAGCUCAUACAAGAAUCAAGGCAGCUUUACUGUUGUCAACAAGCUGUGUGAAAACAUUCAACAAUAUUAAAGCAGUGUGACUGGAGACGAGAUACACAGGCACAAGCCUCAUCACUGGUCUGUGAGGAGAACAGCACAGCAGCACGCUGUUGGAUGACAGGGUCCUCAGACUGAGCAACAAAUCUCCUUCUGUGAUGAUCGCAGUCAGCAGAUCCAGGUCUCUGUACAAGAGACUGAAUGCGGAUAUCACAGACAGGUUGGCUGCCUACUCCCUGAGUCUCCCCACUUCACCCAACACCACAGCAAAUCUGCUCAGGGAUGUUGACCAGGUGGUCUUUGCCAUCAGGAGAGGAGAUGUGGAGGCUGUUAAUGAUCUGGCAACAUCCGCUCCUCACAGCCUGAUGAAGGAGAACAAAGAUGGGUGGAUACCUUUGCAUGACGCUGCCUUCUGUGGACAGACUGAGUGUUUGAAGACCCUACUGAGGGCCCAUCCAGGUUCAGUAGACAAACGUACCUUGCAUGAACAGACGGCCUUGCUACUCUCUGUGUCUUGUGAACACUUGUCAUGUGUGCGGUGCCUUCUGGAGGCAGGCGCUGACCCCGACAUCGGCAGCAAGAACAAAGAAACUCCUUUGUACAAAGCCUGUGAGUUGGAGAACGUAGACAUGGUGAGUCUCAUUCUCUCAUACGGGGCCACUGUGAACCAGCGGUGUGGUCAGGGCUGGACAGCCCUCCAUGAGGCCGUAUCUAGGAACAACACAGAGAUCUGUGAGAUACUUAUAAAAGCCAGAGCCGCGAUCAACCCCCCCAAUACAUACAGCAUCACACCGCUCAUUGUAGCAGCUCAGCGAGGACAGAUGAGGGCACUGUGCUACCUUAUUGGAAAAGGUGCUGAUGUGAACAUGCAGACAUGUGAUGGUGUCACAGCACUGCAUGAGGCCAGUAAAAAUGGCCACAAAGAAAUCGUAGCAGUGUUGUUGACUAAAAAUGCAGAUGCCAACAAACCCACUAACUCAGGACUGCUGCCUCUACAUGUUGCUGCCCAAUAUGGACACCACGAGAUUGUGUCCCUGCUCGUCUCAGUGACAAGUCGAGCCAGGCUUCGCCACAGUUGGAUCAGCCCCCUCCACCUGGCAGCUGAGCACAACAGACACACUGUGGCAGCUGUGCUUCUCAAGACAGGUGCAGAUGUAAAUGCUACACUGGCCCACAAUCACUCCAUCCAGUAUGCUGAUAGACGUGCAACAGCCCUCAGCUUUGCUAUCGCCAACGGCAGCACGGAGACAGCAGAAAUGUUACUGAAAGCUGGCGCUAGUCUAAGCCUGGACCCGGUCAGUCCUCUGCUGAUGGCAGUACGGCAGGGCUGCGUCAGCACUGUGUCCUUACUGCUGGAGAGAGGGGCCGAUGCCAACACCAGAAUCCCAUCUUACGCCACAACUUUUCCUGCUGUUGUUGCACUUUGUAUGAAUAACCUGCCUCUACUCAAGUGCCUUUUGGACAAUGGCUGUGAUGCCCUUUCCUGCUUCACCUGUACAUACGGCAGUGCCCGUCACCCAACAUCAGCAGAAUCCCAUUCAAGAACUUUUGGCAGUAACGGAUAUGAUUUGCAGAGCGACAGUAUGCUUCCUUUAAACUGCACUGAACCACCAGAAAAAGCAACACAGUUCUGUGAGUGGAUUUCAACAUCGAUUAUGUGUAAAUGGGCAGGACCGAUCAUAGACUUGUUGCUGGAGCAUGUUAGUCAUGUUCAACUGUGCAGCAAGCUCACUCAACUCCUUGACAGCAGAGAGGAAUGGGUCGCUGUUAAGAGGAAGUUGUCGUCACCUCGUCCACUGCUGCACCUUUGCAGACUAAGGAUCCGGACCCAGGUGGGGACACAAAGACUGAGAUCUCUCACAAGCCUACCUCUGCCAGACAAACUGAUCAGAUACCUGAGUCUGACUGACUGACUUUAAGAUGAACUUUAAGUAACAUAAGCAUCAGAGCCAUGAAUAGGUGGUUCUUUUUUUAGCUGCAUCUAAUAUUGUGAAUGUGUAAAUGGUCCAAUUCUCAAAGCGAUUCUCUACGUAUAAGAUAUCUAUUUAUAAGACAUGUGAUGUGUCAACACGUUUCUUUAUUCUGUCUGUUUGAAUGUUUUGUAGUUUCACACAAACCCUUGUUGAAAGGUAAAAAUGAUCUUAUGCCCAAAUGAGUUCUUAAGGGAAGUUGAA